AUGGUGAACCUUUCUACGUUGGAGCACACGCAGCUAAGUAAUGAAAAUAAUAUAUAUAUCAGCCCAUGUACUGAUAUUUAUAGUUUGUUUCUAACUGACGAUAUUAUUGAUAAAAUAGUAGAAGAAACUAAUAAAUACGCAGAUAAAUAUUUAUUAGAAAAAGAAAUUACAGCAAAAUCACGCUCUAAAGCUUGGAAACCUACAGAUGCAAAUGAAAUGCGCCAGUUUUUCAGUAUCAUACUUACGAUGGGUUUAAAUAAGGUUCCACAUUUUCACGAUUAUUGGUCAAAGAAAUCCAUUUACAGAAACGAAUAUAUAUGCUCUCUCAUGGGAAGAGAUAGAUUUAUCUUGCUUCUAAAGUUUUGGCAUUUCAGCGAUGAAAGAAAUGAUACUGAAGAUAGACUCUACAAAAUUCGACAAAUACUUAAUAUGUUAAAUAAUCGUUUUAGAGAUAUUUUAACUCCAGGAAAAUUUAUCGUGAUAGACGAAUCAAUGAUUCCCUGGCGCGGGAGACUUAUUUUUCGCCAAUACUUAAAAAAUAAAUCGCAUAAAUAUGGAGUUAAAUUAUAUAAACUAUGUACUCCUGAGAGGUACACUUUUAAAACCAUAGUAUAUACAGGUAAAGAAGGAAAUAGCAGAGAAGUGAACCAUGGAAAAAAUUUAGUUAUGAAGCUCAUAGAGGGUCUAGAAAAUGAAGGUCGAGUUUUAGUAGCCGAUAACUUUUAUUCUUCUCUUGAUUUAGUAGAGGAACUCUUAGAAAAGAAAACAUUUUACUGUGGCACGCUAAGAUCAAACCGAAGAGGACUUCCCAAGCAAUUUAUGUCUAAAAAAUUGAAAAAAGGUGAAGUUGAAGGGAUAAUGCUGCCUAGUGGUGUGAAAGUUAUUAAAUGGCACGAUAAGCGCCAAGUUUCAAUGAUAACUUCCUGUAAAGCACAUAAAGCGUCUCUAGUAGAUACAGAUCUACUCACGAGUGAGGCUUCGGCUUUACUUAACGACUGGUGCCGACCGAUGGAGGACAACAGUGAUGAUGAUAUGGAAGAGUUGGUGGCUGUCAAUGAAGAAGCCAUUACGCUCACACGCAUAGGGCUAGCGUUCUUGCCUGACUUUUUGACAAAGACUGAGACUGACUGGUUCAUUGAGCAUGACACUGACUCGAAUAGAAUUCUACAUGACCUUUUGCCCACAGACAACCUAAAUUUUAACUGGACAAGUGUCCCAACUACUUUUCGAGGUUAG